CUUUCUUUCGUUACUUUCUCCUGUUUUUUUAUAAGCAAAUGAAUACCAAUAUUAGUCCUAACCAUCCUCCUUAUCCUGCAUAUAGAGCAACUGAAAAAGGUUCUUUUGCUUGGGAUAGCACAGUACGACGUUGGCCUAUUAUUAUCGAUACCGCUUUAGUUGAUAUGCAAAAAGCUAUGGAUACUCUCCAAAACGACCAAGUUACUCAAAAAGAAGAAGGUACCUCUAUCAUCAAUGGCUUGAACCAAUUGAAACAAGAAAUAGCUGAUGACAAACCUUUACGGCUUUUGAAGGAUAAUGACUCUGAUAGUGAAACUUGGAAUCAACAUAUCACCACUCACUUUAACAAUGUCACUUGGUUCAAUGGAUCUUGGUUGUUCAACGAAUGUUAUAUGUAUCGACGUAUCCGAGAACUUUACAGUCUUAGUAACUAUUGGCAAGAUUAUGAUCUCUUCAAUAAUCAAAAGAUAGCCACCUUCCGAGGUUCCCAUGGUUCUGUGUUUGAUCUUGCCACAAAGAUGCCUACUAUGAUACAACCUAUGGAAAUAGAAAAACAGGAACUAGUCUUUCAGGAACUUUUGCAGGUAUGUUUAUGGGGAAAUGCUACAGAUCUCAGUCUAUUGACCAACAUGACCGAAGAUGAUAUCAAACGCCUACAAGCCAUUGAAAAAGAAAAACUGGCCGAACAACUCAAUUAUAUUGUCGUCAAUCAUAUUGAUCAAGUCUGGAAAAAGUUGAAACAUUUGGAGAAAGGACGAGUGGAUUUUAUUUUGGAUAAUUCAGGCUUCGAGGUAUUUGUUGAUCUUAUCUUUGCAGAUUGGCUAUUGCAAACUAACCGAGCAUCCAAAGUAGUGUUCAACUGCAAAACCAUCCCAUGGUUCGUAUCUGAUGUGAUGCCCAAGGAUAUCCCGAUUCUAUUUGAUUGCUGCCUGAACCCUGACUUUUUCCCUGGCGAACCAACAAAGGAACAACAACAAGCAUUAGAAACAUUGGUGAAACGAUGGCAAUCCUAUGUUCAUUCUGGCCAAUUGGUCAUUCAAUCUCAUUCCUUCUGGUGCAAUGGUUUGGCUUAUCGCACUUUACGAGACGAAGCUCCUGAACUCUAUCAAGAUUUAGCUACCUCAGAUCUCAUCAUCUUCAAGGGUGAUCUCAAUUUUAGAAAGCUAGUAUAUGAUUGUCAAUGGCCUGUUACCACUCCUUUCCAUGUGGCUAUUGGUCCUUCUUUGGCUGAAGGGUUUACAAGCAUUUUGUCCUUACGUACUAACAAAGCAGAUACUAUUGUCGGCUUGGCGGAUGGCAAGCAAGAAAAAAUCGAAGCUACUGCAACCCCUAAUGAAUGGAGGUGUUCUGGAAAGUAUGCCGUGGUCGCCUACAACGAAGGAUCAUCUUAGAUUUUUUUUUUUGUAAUAGAUAUAUAUAUUCUUCUUUUAUUCUCUCUGUUAUUUAAACUGUAGUUAUGUUUAGAUUUAGUUACAAAUCCAUUUAGAUAGUAUUUUUUUUUUUAUUUGUGUGCAAUAAAAACUUUGUUGAACUUUGAUGAAAUCAAAAAAAAA